AUGGCUGUGAACUCGACAUUAGCCGCGUCAUUUUCCACAAAGUUUCGAACUGAUGUACAAGCGGUCUCGGAUCGCAUCACCAAUACGGCUUCAAGCUAUUCCCAAGCCCACAAGGAAGAGUUAAUCUCCGGAGUGUCUAAGCUUCGCAAGGAUCUCAUAGACGCUACGCCAUACCUGCCCACAUACGAUCAGCGCCAAAGCGAAUUGGCGAUUAAAGAGGUAGAAAGAAAACUCGAGGAGAAACUUCAAGGCGGCUCGUCGGCGUCUGGCAAGGCGCGGGCUGGUGCUAAAUUCUCAUUCAAGAAACCUCCACCCAGUACGACGCCGUCUCCUAUUCCUCCAGUACUAGAGGCAACUACGACUAGCCCGAGUUUGGCUACCCAAGUAGCAGAGCCUUCGGCAGCGCAGUCAUCUCAGAUUCGACUCGGAUUCAGUAAUCAGGCAGAUUCACGUCCCGAGGUCACAUUGACCUCGUUGUCAGAGUGCGUCGUUGAUCUCGCGACAGACUCCCAUCUCCUCAACGGAUCCAUUGGAGCACUCCAUGUCACUGGCUUGAAACAGUGCGUUGUCCUCGUUGCCCCCGUCCAAGGGAGUGCACUGCUUCACGAGUGCCAGGAGUCUGUGCUUGCAAUAGCGUGUCAUCAGUUUCGGAUCCAUACAUCGACGAGAGUGGACGUGUAUCUCCAUGUCACCUCGACCCCCAUCCUGGAAAAGUGCACAGCAAUGCGAUUUGCUCCUUACAAUCUACCUGCUGGUGCAGACUUGGAUAGCGAGAAGAAUCGCUUUGCGGAAGUCCAGGAUUUUCUGUGGAUCCGAUCAGCACCCUCCCCAAACUGGUCGAUCAUGCCACAGGAGGAUCAAUUGAAGGCAGAUGCGUGGUCAGAUGCGGCGUCUGCCCAGCGCCUUGACUCGACCCUUGCAAAAUUCCUGCAGCCAAAGUCAUUUGAUCCCAGUAUGAACAGAGAUUAA